CAUGUUUCGUGAAAGAAUAUAUUUUCUAAUCAUCUCAGUUAAUUUUGUUAACAGUGGCGGUUCCAUUAAAGCAAAAUCUGAUAAUGAAACAGCUGAAACACUGGGGUCCCUUCUGAAGUAUGCCCUUCACAGUCGCCAGAAUUUUGGAUAUGACCCAUACUUGGAACAACCUGAACAUCACCCCCUAUACCCAGCAAAAUUUCCUCCCACGAAAUACCCUGUUUUUCCUUAUGCUUCACCAUUUCCGUAUGAACAUAUACCUCAUAAAAUUCGCCAAGCACAUUUUCAAAAACCGUAUUACUCCAGACCCAUUUACUCCAAUGCUUUCAAUUAUCAUUCGCCACCGACUUGGGAACACACUAAACAAUCAAUCAUGGAAGUUUUGUAUUCCCUUUCAAACAACGAUGACCUACAAUGUGUUCCAAAAAUUCUUUGCGAAGUGACAUCAGGUGGAUUAAUGGGUCGACAAAGUGGCACAAUUCUACCAGUUAAUAUCGACAUGGAAUCUUUAAUUGGAAUUGUAUCUUCUCUCAAUGGAGUUCAGGGAUCACCGUUACUGUACUUUGGAAAAGCUGCCUUACUUGGUUAUACGUCUAAAAAUAAUCCUCGGGCUUGUGAUCACGCUUAUCCAGAUUGCCCUAGAGAUCCCAACAAACUAGUGCAGUACCUAAACAAUCAUAACGGGGGAUUUUUCAGAUACUUCAAUGGGAUCCACCCAACACACAUGCAACUGCAUCACGAUUUUCCUUUUUACCAACACCAGAACUACCUUCAAAAGUAUGCUCCCCAUUACCAAGAUCAGCAUUACCAAAAGUACAAGCCUGGAUACUAUAGACAGAAAGCAAUUGCAGAACAAAGGAUUCAAAAUAAACCUGAUUACUAUAUCUCAACAAAUAACAUCGGUGAUCAAAAAGUGAUAUCCUUUCCAGAAGAAGAUCCUGGAUAUUUUAGAGCGCAAAAAGAACUCGUCUUCCCUCCGAGUGAAGACCAUUUCACUUUAUAUAAAACAAAGAAUCCCCUAAAAUUUCCUGAGAGCAAUUAUGAAGAUUACCCUGAUCAACCUUAUCGAAAGCCCAAGGAACUGCCAUUUGACCUCAGCUUUUAUCAGUCCAAUGAUUUGGAUCUACAGAAGCCUUUGCCAAAUCAUAAAGCCUCAAAAAUGAUUUUUCCAGAUAGAACAGGUACUGGUGAAUUGAGAUUGGACUUACAAGAACUUGAUGGCUCUUCUAUCGCUUUCGAAGAUGAUGAUUUCAGGGUUAAAUUCAAAGGAUUCCGAAAUGGAUAUAGCCUAGCAGGCAACACGGAUACUGACCAGUUUGUUAAUGGAAAUUAUAGAGGUGGAAAAGCUUUCUCUUUUUUUCCUAGUCUAUGAAAAUUGAUGAUGAAGAAGACAGUUACGUUUUGUUCCUGAGGAACCUGACGAAAA